CGGAGCCGGAGCAGCACCGGCCGCGCCCGCGGAGCCGCGGGGUGGGAUGCGCGCCGCGAGUGCGCGUGCCCGCCCGCAGUGCGCGCGCCCCGGCCCGAACGAGCGCUCCCCGCGUCGGCCGCGGCGGCGACGGCGGCGACGGCGACGCGGCCCGUACGCUCCCCCGGCCCCUGCCCCGGCUGCGCGGGCCCCCGCCGGGCCCAUGGGCGGCGCAGCCGACCCGGCGCGCUGAGCGCAGCGCGGUGCCCCGGUGCGCCCCGGAGGCGAGUGUGAGCGAGGGCUGGCGCCAUGCCCGGCCACCCCGCCUUCUAGGCCACGCCCGGGCCGUCGGAGCACCCCCUGCUCACUUCGGGGGGCGCCGCCUCCCCACCGCCCACUGCGCACCAUGGCCGGGGACCGGCUCCCCAGGAAGGUGAUGGACGCCAAGAAGCUGGCCAGCCUGCUGCGGGGCGGGCCCGGGGGCCCCCUGGUCAUCGACAGCCGCUCCUUCGUGGAGUACAACCGCUGGCACGUGCUCAGCUCCGUCAACAUCUGCGGCUCCAAGCUGGUGAAGCGGCGGCUGCAGCAGGGCAAGGUCACCAUCGCGGAGCUCAUCCAGCCGGCCGUGCGCAGCCAGGCGGAGGCCGAGGAGCCGCCGCAGGACGUGGUGGUGUACGACCAGAGCACCCGGGACGCCAGCGUGCUGGCCGCGGACAGCUUCCUCUCCAUCCUGCUCAGCAAGCUGGACGGCUGCUUCGACAGUGUGGCCAUCCUCACAGGGGGCUUCGCCACCUUCUCCUCCUGCUUCCCCGGCCUCUGCGAGGGCAAGCCCGCCGCCCUGCUGCCCGUGAGCCUCUCCCAGCCCUGCCUGCCCGUGCCCAGCGUGGGCCUGACCCGCAUCCUGCCUCACCUCUACCUGGGCUCUCAGAAGGAUGUCCUGAACAAGGAUCUGAUGACCCAAAACGGAAUAAGCUACGUCCUCAACGCCAGCAACUCCUGCCCCAAGCCCGACUUCAUCUGCGAGAGCCGCUUCAUGCGCAUCCCCAUCAACGACAACUACUGUGAAAAGCUGCUGCCCUGGCUGGACAAGUCCAUCGAGUUCAUCGAUAAAGCCAAGCUGUCCAGCUGCCAAGUCAUCGUUCACUGUCUGGCCGGCAUCUCCCGCUCCGCCACCAUUGCCAUCGCGUACAUCAUGAAGACCAUGGGCAUGUCCUCCGACGACGCCUACAGGUUCGUGAAGGACCGGCGCCCAUCCAUCUCGCCCAACUUCAACUUUCUGGGUCAGCUGCUAGAGUACGAGCGGAGCCUGAAGCUGCUGGCCACCCUGCAGGGCGACGGGGCCGCCCUCCCGGGGACGCCCGAGCCCCUCCCGGGCCCUGCGGCCCCACUGCCGCCACUGCCACCACCUACCUCAGAGAGCGCGGCCACGGGGGGCACAGCGGCCAACACGGCCGCGGAGGGCGCCCCGAGCGCCGCCUGCGCCGACAGCGGGGAGCCCCCCUCGCCCGCCGGGGCCCCCGCCACCAGCGCGCUGCAGCAGGGCCUGCGCGGCCUGCACCUCUCCUCCGACCGCCUCCAGGACACCAACCGCCUCAAGCGCUCCUUCUCGCUGGACAUCAAGUCGGCCUACGCCCCCAGCCAGCGGCCCAGCGACCCCGGGCCCUCCGACCCUGGCGAGGCCCCCAAGCUCUGCAAGCUGGACAGCCCGUCGGGGGGCACGCUAGGCCUCCCCUCGCCCAGCCCGGACAGCACAGACGCAGCGCCGGAGUCGCGCCCGCGGCCACGCCGGCGGCCCCGGCCUCCAGCAGGCUCCCCCGCACGCUCCCCUGGGCACGGCCUCGGCCUGAACUUCGGGGACACCGCCCGGCAGACUCCACGGCACGGCCUCUCCGCCCUGUCUGCCCCCGGGUUGCCUGGCCCUGGCCAGCCGGCCAGCCCCGGGGGCUGGGCGCCGCCCCUAGACUCCCCCAGCACGCCCUCUCCGGAUGGGCUCUGGUGCUUCAGCCCCGAGGGCGCGCAGGGCGCGCGGUUCGCGCCCUUCAGCCUGGCGGGGGCGCCGGGCACAGGCGGCGGCGGCGGCGGCGGCGACUUGCGGAGGCGGGAGGCGGCGAGGGCCGAGUCCCGGGAUGUGCGGACCAGCUGGCCUGAAGAGCCAGCCCCGGAGACGCAGUUUAAGCGCCGGAGCUGCCAGAUGGAGUUUGAGGAGUGCAUGGUGGAGGGGCGCGCCCGCGGCGAGGAGCUGGCCGCCCUGGGCAAGCAGGCCAGCUUCUCGGGCAGCGUGGAGGUCAUCGAGGUGUCCUGACGGUGGCCGGGACCCAGCGCCCGGAGCCCUCCGCUGCCCUCGGCUGGGCCGCCAGCAGCCGGGCCCUCUAUAAAUAUAUAUUAUAUAUAAUGCAAAGAAAGGUAAAUGGUUUUACUGCGAUUUUUAUCGAGAAGUAAAUAUUUCGAUUUUUUAUUUAUUGAAGCUGUUCAUUCUGGCAAUGAUUUGGCAACAGUGAGGGUGGUCCUCCAAGCUCUAUUUUUAGUCUGGUAUUUAAACUGAGACACGUUUCUAAGCAAUACGAGGCCACCCUCAAGUGGCAAGCUGGGGUGCCAGGCCUGGGGUCCCCUCCUCGCCAGCCCCAACCCCAGAUGACACCACUAACCGUUGCAAAGAGGCUGCCGAGCUUUCGUGCACUUUUUACAUAAGAAAAAGGGGAAAAAGGAAAAAAAAAAAAACUUUGCCACAAACUGAGCCGCAGAAACUCCCUGCCUGCCCUCCCCAUCCAACCUCUCUGCAUUCUCUUCUUCCUCUGCUCCUUUCCGGAGCCCUGGGGGCUGUGGUCCAGGCGCCCCUGCCGUCCCCCACCGGCUCCAGGCACCGUGUCUGGGUGCCACGGAGGGUGCCCCCACCGCCUGUCCCCGCCCCUCGUGCCUGGCUGGUGUGGACCAGCACUGGGCCUGCCCAGCCCCGACGCGUGUGAAGGCCUGGGGAACAGACCGGGGUCGGACCUCCUGCCGGGGCUCUCCUGUGUGUCCCAUGGCGUGGGUCCCGAGGCGGGGACGGAGGUGGAGCGCCCCCACUCCGGCCUGAGUGCAGGGCCCCCCUUUCAUGCUCAGCAAGGCUGUUUCAGAGGCUGCUUCCCUCCCCUCCACUCUGGGGGCCCCCAGCACCCCCUGCAGGUGUGGGGACCCGGGAAGAGGGUCUUGGCCUCUGGGGUGUGUGGCAGGAGGAGCUGCACCGGCCCUUGCUGGCUCCCCUGGUCCCCAGGCAGAUGGGUUUAGGGUGUUGCUCUGGGCUCUUCCCUCCACCAGCCCCAGCCCCAGCCCCUGCCCCAGCCCCAGCCCCAGGCCAGACUCAAAAGUCAGGUUUAUUCCUGAAGGGCAGGGGCCAGAAAGCCUGCUCAGACCCUGUGCCUCCGGGGUGGCGUCCUCAGCUUUGGGAGAGCCAGCCCAGGGCAGCCAACCCCUGACCUGAACAGAGGCAGGACGCAGCCCCAGCCGCGCCCCCACAGGGGCCUCAGAGGAGAAGACCCCCCUGCACACCCAUUCCCAGGAGCCCUCCCCUCCGGGGUCUCCCAGGAUCUUCAGUGGGGACGUGCCAGUCCCCACCCCAGACGGCUUUUGGCCCAGCUGGGUGGGCCUGGGAGCGAGGGCAGGAGCAGAGGCCCGGCUGCCCCGGCCCGAGCCCCUUGGGUUCUUGGGACCCAAGCAUCUGGGAGGCGGGAGUAGAUGUCCCCUGAGUUCCAGAAGUCCUAGGGCCUAGGGGUCGGGCCCAGCCACCCUGGGGAGAGGCCAGGAGCUUGGCGGGAGGGGCAGCCCCGGCAGGACUGAGUCCUCAAGCAGGGCGGGAGGUGCCUGCCCCCCCCAGCUGUUUCUGUUUGUUCUUUAGACCCACCGCCCUGUGUCCCUGUCACUCCUCCUUUCCGCAGAAGUCCUGUUCCUGUCCUCUCUGUCCCCACCCCGCUCUCCCAGAAAUAAGCUAUCAUUGUUGUAUUUGCAAUCUAUGGAUUAGAAGUUUAAGUAUUUAUUAUUAUUGGUUAAUUAUUAUUAUUAUUAUUAUUGAUUAUGUAAAUUUGCCUCCUGUUCGUCUGUCGCGUUGGGUUUCUGAGGGGACCCGGGCGUGGAGGAUGCACUGGCCCCCCCUCCGCACCCCACCCCUGUGCUGUCCAGGAGACAGUGGGCUGGGCCACCGGUUGGGCCCAGCACUCGGAAGUCGGGCGCCAGUGCUGGCCCUCCCCCCCUCCCCUCCCCUGCCUCGCCCUCUCUCCAGGCUGCAGCAGCCCUGGCAGCGGCGACUGUCCUGGGUGGUGUGGGGCUCUUGCUCUCGAAGCACUGGCCACCCCAAAGGGAGCAGCUGCAACGCAGGAGAAGGUCCCCCUUCCGUGCUGGGGGGGCCUCCCUGGUCUUUUCCACCCAGUCCCAGGCAGGGAGGGGAGGAGCCUCUCCAAGUCUCCCUCUGGCCCGUGCCCCCCACCCUGUGCCCUGGCACCGGGGUGGCCCCAGGACGGAUCAGGCCUCCUCCUGUUAUUUGCUGGAAAGCCCAGCAGAGGAGAGGCGGCGGGUCCCCCCCCAACCUCCACCGCACAGCACCCAGUCCCCAGACUGGGCCACCCGCCGACCCUGCCUCAGACCCCUCCUCCAGCGCGGCCACCCUCUGCUCCCGCCCUGUCCCCUUCUUUUGUAUUUGGAAACAACGUGUUGUAAUAAAUCCCGAGAUGGAUGUUUU